AUGCUGUUGUACUUAAGAAGACUGCAGAAUAAGAGCUGUAUAUUCCGUGAGAUCUUCGAAAGCAAAAAUGUGGUAAACAAGAAGAUUGUUGUUGAUUUCUCCUCGCCAAACAUUGCCAAACAGUUUCAUGUGGGAAAUUUGAGGUAAGGAUAGUUUAAAAAUAGUCGUUAUAACUUUACUUUAUUAAUUUGCAUUGUUUUUGAUGAGUAUUGAUAUUGUGGUAGGUUGCAUCAUGGAUCAAAGAAAUGUCAAAAGUUUUUGAUGUCGUUUUUUCUGAAAUUUGUGUACCAUAAAUUUUAAAAAAUUUUAAGAUGUUUUAAAAAAAUGGCGUUAAUAUGAUUAGUUUGAGGAAAGUUAUAACGAUUUAUAGUUAACAACAACAAUCAAAGUAGUGUAAUAUCCAUUUUUUGUAAAAUACGCUUGUUAACGUUAUUAUCUAUUAUAAUAUAAUUUGUAUUAACCUACUGAUUCCAGAUCAACCCUGGUCGGGAAUUUUUUCUGCAAAAUCAACGUGCUAGCGGGGAAUCAAGUCGCUUCAGUCAACUACCUUGGUGACUGGGGGACACAAUUUGGUCUACUCGCUUCAUAUUGGUCUCACAGUGAAUUAUACGAAAAAUAUCAUCAAAUAGAAUCAACUGCUUCAUUAUCCAUAAAGUUAAGACUGAUUCAAAAAGCUUAUGUUGAGGCAGUAGCUCGUGCGAAACAAGAACCAGAAUUCUACAACGAAGCCACGAGCCUGCUAAAAUCUAUGGAAACGGCUUUGAUUAGCAAUGACAGCUCGGCAGAAUCACUAAAACUAUGGACCGAGAUCAGAAAGGUGUCUGUGGAUUAUCUGGAAGAAUUCUACAAAGGUCUUGGGAUCAAGUUUGAUUCGUGGGAUUGUGAAUCCGAUCAUGUCGCCGCGGCUUCUAAGCUGGUGGAUGAUCUGAUCGCCGAGGGUAAAGUGAAACAAACUCCAGAUGGAAUAUGGAUAAUUAGGGAUGAGAAUGUUGGUGGCUAUUCGGUGUUGAGGAAGAGUGAUAACACUACAUUGUAUUUGUCACGGUAAAGUUAAAUUUUCAAUGGAUUUCGACUUAAAGUGCGCUAAAACUAAUAAUAUUAGGUGUUUAAAUAUAUUUGUGCCCCUAAUCUCGAAAGUUUGCUUCAGUGAAGUAGCAUGUGCCAUAAACCGUGACAAGAUUCACGAAGCCGAUGAGUACGUUUAUGUUGUUGAUCGAGCACAAGCAAGGCAUUUCCAACACCUGAAACACAUCUUGGGACUGAUGAAUCGAUCCGACUUGGCCGACAAAAUACUCCAUUUGGGAUUUGGACGAGUUAUCGGAAUGUCAACAAGGUAAUUAUUGAUUUUGAAAAUUUGGCUGUUUUUAUUAGGUCUUUCAGAUAAUUAUGUGCCCCGCUGAAGGUUGUUAAAAUAAUUUUGUGCCCUCUCUCAAAGCAAAUCAUCGGCGUCAGAAAGCACAGAAUUAUUUGAACACCCUAAUAUAAUAUUAGGAGUUGAAAAAGUCUUGUCGCUAUUUAGCGUGGGAAACUAUGUUAAUUGGCGACAAGACUUUUUUAACGUUUUAUAAUGAACAAGAAGAAGAGGAAUUGAGAUAAAAGGAACUUAAAUUUGAUUAGAAAAGCUAAAAAAUGUGGGUUGGGUUAAUUUUUUUUAUUUUUCCUUUAGGGGUGAUAAUUUUUUAAAAAUUGAAGAAAGAUACCAAAUGCUUAGCCUUUUAUAAAAGAAAGAUACCAAAGGAUUAGCCUUAAUAAGCCUAAAAUUUUCAGACUAGGUAAAGUAGAGACAACAGAACAAAUCCUAAUCGAUGGAGAUCGUCAAGCCGAAAAAUUCAUCAGAAAAUCCGCUACAAUGAAGGUAUCAGACGAGGAAAUACCAGCCGUAGCACGAGAACUAGCAGAAACAGCAUUGUUCAUAAACGACAUGAAACGGAAUAAAAAUCAAGAGUAUAUGUUCUAUUUCAAAGAUUUGUUCAAGCAAAAGGGCCUUUUUGCGAUUCAGGUGAGUUGAUAUUGAUGGUCUUGGUGUUAAUUGGGCCUCCAAAAAUUUUUUAUUCGCUAUUUUUCCGAUUUAAAAUUUUUUUCAGGAAAAAUAUGCCCGAAUCACCUCCCUAAUCGAGAACAACCAAGACCUAAUCCUCGAACUGGAACGAGCCAAAAACUCGGAAACCGACUGGUCGAGGAUUCAAAUCGAUCCAGAACAAAGCAUUCGCCAGCUAUGUCAAUGUCUAUAUGAACUGGACGCCUCCUUGUACACAAGUUUCUUGUCAUCAGAAACCUCACCCUUAUUGAGUUAUAUGGCAAGAUUGGCUAGCCGAAUUGGCACCGCAAUGCAUACAGCCAGAGUCAAAGACGAGCCGGACAAAAAGCUGGCAUUGGGAAGACUUAUGGUAUUUGUGGCGUCGAGGAAUGUUCUCGAAGAGGGGAUUGAACUAUUAGGAUUGAAACCAUUAAAUAGGUUGUAG